GAUGCCAUUCGAGUCUACUUGUACCAGUCAGUCUUACGUGCAGGCUUCUUCAAAAACAAGGAGCACAGCUACAUCUUGGCAGUCGUCCGGGUUCUUGAAGACAAGGCCUUCCUUCCUGGUGAUUAUGUGGUUCGCGUCGGCGAGGUCGCUGAUGAGAUGUACUUCAUCAGCAAGGGAGAAGUCUCUGUUCUGGUUGCACAAGGAAAGUCCAAGGAUGUCGAGGAUGCGAUUCAGCUACCCAUGAGGAAGGGGGAAGGAGACUACUUUGGUGAAGUCGCCCUCAUCAAGGGAAGUCUGCGGACAGCUUGGAUCAAGGCAGAGACCUACGUCGUGGCGUCCUGCUUGAGGCGAUCCAGCAUCGAACAGAUCUGGAAGUAUUUCCCACAGGAGCGCGAGUCUCUUCAACGGCAAGUGCUGCAAACUGUCAUGCGCGAUGCCGCGAGACAGGCAACCAGCAUUCGCGAGAGCAUAGGAGGAUCUGCCGCUUCUCAAGAGCGAAACCUCGCUCCGUCUACAGGACUGGGCGCUGCACCUUCUACUGCGGCAGAUGAUGCCCAGGCUGCAGGGCCACGUGAUGCCUCAAGCCUGGCCCGUAUCGAGAGACUUUGCGAGUCUCUCCAAGCCACGCAAGCGCAAGUACUCAGCCGACUGGAGGAUCUGGAGCUGCAAUUUGAAAGCAAACUGGACCUCAAGGCAGCGAAGAAGCCAAAGCCGUUGGAGGGAGAGCCAGAAGCAGAGGCUCCAGCCCCCCGAAAGUCAAAAGCAGCCGCGAAGAAGAAGACCAGACCCGACCAGCCAGCUGCUCCUACCGAUCUUCCAGGACAUCGUCAAGGGGGAGCGGCGGCUGCCAGCGAAAUUGGAAGGUCGCUUCUGGAGCACUAG